AACGCUUCUCCUCUUUCUCCGCCCCCUCUCUCUCUCGAUCCCGAUCCACCAUUCCCCCUUUCCCUUCCACGAAGCUUCCUCCUCCUCCCUCCUCCUCGGACGAUCUCCAAUGGCGGUGCGAUCCCCCCUCUCGUCCCCUCCCUACCUCCACCUCCUCCUCCGCCGCUCCCUCCUCGCCCCGACGCCGCUAAAGCUCGCCCUCCCCCGGGCGAGGCCCCUCACCGCAUCUUCCGCUCGCGCCGGAAACCCUAGGUCGGGAGGUUUCGUUCCCCGGGGGUCGGUGGAUGCGGCAGAGAACGGAGCUCCCGCGGCGGCGUCGGCGAUCGCGGGCGCUUCCGUUUCCUCCGCCAUCGAUUUCCUCACUCUGUGUCAUCGCCUCAAGACAACGAAAAGGAAGGGAUGGAUCAACCAUGGUAUAAAAGGCCCAGAGUCUAUUGCCGAUCACAUGUACCGCAUGGCGCUUAUGGCUUUGAUUGCUGAUGAACUUCCUGGUGUGAAUCGUGAAAGGUGUAUCAAGAUUGCGAUUGUGCACGACAUUGCCGAAGCUAUUGUUGGUGAUAUCACGCCAUCCGAUGGUGUGCCAAAAGCUGAAAAGAGUCGGCGAGAGCAGGAAGCUUUGAAUGAAAUGUGUGAUAUCCUUGGCGGAGGACCUAUAGCUAAUGAGAUCAAGGAACUAUGGGCGGAGUAUGAGCACAACUCUUCAAUUGAAGCUAGUCUCGUGAAGGAUUUUGACAAAGUGGAAAUGAUCCUUCAGGCUUUGGAAUACGAAAUGGCACAUGGGAAGGUCUUGGAUGAAUUUUUCCUUUCUACAGCAGGGAAGUUCCAAACUGAUCUCGGGAAGCGGUGGGCCGCCGAGGUGGUCGCCAGGAGAAACAAGAGGUUAGGCAAACAGGCCUAACUUUUAAAUAAAAACAUCUACUCAGAAUAAAUUAUGGGCCUCGCCCUCGGGAACAAAAUAGUUACGCAGAUCACCGUUUGUACUGGUGAGCCUAACGUUACCAACAAACAACUAAAGAUCUUCAUAACGAGACGCCACAAGAAGCCGGGCGUUCACAAACUGUACGUCGAGUGCGUAGGCGUCAAGGUUUGGCGCUUUCCUUUACGACUCCCUUUGAUCUUUUGAAUUGAUCGGUCGGAAUUCGGCUUAUCUUGGUUUUGUAACUGCACUGAGAGAAAAAAAUUCCUACAUAGUUUAGCUAAGAAUCAAAAACUUGGAAUAUAGGAAAUAAGAGUUUCCGCAUUCAUUUUUUGAGCUUCAGUUUCGCCUUUUGCAGAA